CGUUAUAAACAUCGCGCUGAGCUCCAGACGGGCUACUGAUCACUGAAACUACUAUAUAAAGGUCACCUUUUCCUCUGCUCUACAGUCCAGCAUGUCGAAAACUAUAUAUCCUCUGGAGAGCACCUAUAACCUCAUCUCCAGAGAGGAGGAGAAAAUCUACAAACCACCCAGAUAUAUAUCCAAGUUUAGAGAACAAGUGAAGCAUGAGAAGCAGCUAAACAAAGCCUCCAGCAAGACUAUGGGACCACCGAAAGUGGACGUACCCUCUCCAGAUAAAUACCUCCUAAAGCACUCCAAAGAGCCCAGACUCCCGGAGAAGAAGCCUUUCUCUUAUGGAGAUGAGGGUCACUCUAAGAAGCCUCAGGUUCCUGCUAGAACUGACUAUCCGCCCAUGGGCGUCCACACCAAGAAAAACUUUGUGAAGAGCAAUGUCAUCGAGAACAUCAUGGCUGUUCCCCGGAAACCACAGCCCACUUACACUGACACCCGAAACGGAGAUAAACAGCUGCUGGAGAACUCCGGCCUGGUCUCCAAGUACAUCAAGAAAAAGGACUACGGUCAGACUCCGGAGUAUCUGCAGCAGAGGCGUGAGGAGACUCGGAGGGAGCAGGAGGAGUAUGAUAACUAUGUGAAGGAGAGGAUGAAGCAGGGAGCGAUGAAACAACUCCCAGAGGAGGAACGACAGCAAAUCCUGCAGGGUCUGAAGAAGAACUGGGAUGAACUCCACCACCAGUUCCAGAAGCUUUCGCUCGUCACGGAUACAGCCUCCAAAAAGAACAGGAAGGAGCAUCUGGAGAUGAAGAUGAAGCAGCUGGAGAAGGACAUUGAGAUGAUGGAGCGAUAUAAAAUCAUCUACAUCGCCAACAACUGACCACAGCACUGACCCUACAACUGAUCAUACUACUACUUACAGCACUGACUGUACUACUGAUCAUACUACUGACCACACUACUGGCCAUACUACAGACCACACAAUUAAACUUUCUACUGAGUAAUACUACAGACCUCUCUACUGAGAUUACUACUGACCUGACUACUGACCCUUCUAGUGACCACACCACUCACCACAGUACUGACCACACUGCUGAUUCUAUUACUGACCAUACUACCGACCAUACUACUGACCCUACUGCUGAUCCUACUACUGAGCAUACUUUUGAACAUACUUUUGACGCUAUAGCUGUCCGUUCUGCUGACCAAACAACUGACCAUUUUACUCACCCUACUUCUGCUCAUAUUUUUGACCACACUACUUACCAUUCAACUGACCAUACUACCAUUCAUACAACUGACCACACUACUUGCCACCUUACUCACCCUACUACCCUACUUCUGAUCAUACUACUGACCAUA